AUGAAGGCCGUCAUUUCUUCCGUCGUCCUUGCUGCCCUUCUCGGGUUCGCCAAUGCCAAAGUUGAGCUGACCAACAGCAACUUUGAUGACAUCGAGGCUGGGUCGACUUUCGAGAUCACCUGGGACGAUGCUGAGGGUCCUGUUACCUUGACCCUGAAGAACGGGUCCGAGGACAAUCUCCAAACCGUCGAGACCAUUACGUCCGGUGCUUCUGGUAGCAGCUACGUGUGGAGUGUUGACUCUGAUCUCGUUUCCGGUGACUACGCCAUUGAGAUCACCGAUGGCGUCGACGUCAACUAUUCGCAGAUGUUCCCUGUUGCCGGAACCGAUGCGCCUAGCUCUACGGCCAGCUCUACAGUCACUAUAACGAGGACAUCCACUACUGCCUCGUCAACUUCGUCUAGUGAAUCAACCACCACUACUAGCGAGGAGUCUACCUCAACAGAGGCUACUUCCACCGAGACUUCUUCCUCAGAGUCUACGACCAGCUCCGAGUCUUCAUCUGCUACAACUUCUUCAGAGUCUACCACGACUACUGCCUCCUCAAGCAGUGUCACUCGCACAACUACUUCUGAACCCUCCGCAACUGAGUCUGAUGCUCCCGAUUCGACCAUCCCCAACAGCAACGAUGCCCAGAGCAUGGCCGCUCCUCUCAUCCCCGGCAUUCUGGCUCUCCUUGGAGCUGCUCUUAUCUAA